AAAUAGUGAUACAUUUUUAAUUAAUGGAGUAAUGUAAAUCAAUCCCUAACGUGGAAUAAUGCUAUUUUACCAAAACUGUGUAAAAAAUGUCAAUUUUUCAUGUAAAUAAAAGCAUAGAAUUGUGCAACUCAAGUUGGAACGAAGCGGCACGGUAGCCGACUGGUUAGAGCGUCUGCCUCACAGUUCUGAGGACCGGGGUUCAAUCUCCACCUGUGUGGAUGUUCUCCCCGUGCCUGCGUGGGUUUUCUCCGGGAACUCCGGUUUCCUCCCACAUCCCAAAAAUUCCCAGCAUAUUUUAACUUAUUGAGACACACCUGUAUCUACGAUUGCCCUUCCAUCAUAGUGAGCGGAGUGGUCAUACUGGGUCAUUUCCAAUGAGGAAAAGGAUGGGUGGAGCGUCAACGUAGUGCUAAUCGCAUUUUGUCGUCCUCCGUCUCGGAGAUAAGUUCCACGGUGUGCACUGCAGGAGAACACUUUCGAGGGGGAGGAAGAAAACACAAUCUGGAUCAUUUGCAACUGACGACUGUCAUCAUCUUGCAGGCGGCCGCCCUGCAUCGGUAACCUGGAUCUUGCCCAACAGCGAGCACAAGCGAAUGGAGCUUUUCCAAAACUUCCUGAACGGCUGUGGCAUGGAUCUAUCGUGCAACUCCUCGCAUCUGCUGCUGCAUAACAUCAGCUCUUACACGGGAGGCCUGGAGCUGGCGGGGGACGGGUCGCCAUGGUUGCGAAUCAUCAUCUCGGUGGUAUACUUUGCAGUGGCCACAGCCGGCGUAGUGGGCAACCUUCUGGUGUUGUUCCUGCUCUACUCCACGCGCACCAUCACCACCGGCACCAUCAAUUUCUUCGUCUUCAACCUGGCUCUGGCGCACCUCCUGUUCUCCUUAGCGUUGCCCUUCUGGGCGAUGGACAUUGCGCUGGACUACAACUGGCCCUUCGGCUUGGCCAUGUGCAAAGCCGUAUCGCUGCUCACUGGCCUCAAUGUGUUCGCCAGCUGCUUCUUCCUGACCGCCAUGAGCUUGACGCGCUACUGCUUUGUGGCCACCGCGCUUAAGCCCAGGGCGUCACCGUGCGGCCGGCCUUGCACCUCCCCAGUGGUCACGGCCAUCAUAUGGGCGGCGGCCCUGGUGGCUGCGACGCCCCGGGCCCUGUUCGGCGACUUGCGCCGCGUGGGAAGCGGUAAUGAUACAGCAUGCCUGCUCCGGUUCCCGGACGGCACCGCCUGGCUGGGGAUAAACCAGCUCCUGCGCGUGGUUCUUGGAUUCCUGCUCCCGUACGCCACCAUUAUCCUGUCGUACCUGCUCUUGCUCCGCUUCCUCUGCCGCCACAAGCUGAAGGGCGGCAACUCCCGGCGGAAGGCUGACAUCUCCAAGUCUGUGGCAGUGGUGGUGUUGUCCUUCUGCGUCUGCUGGUUCCCAUACAACAUCCUCACGCUCUGGAGCGUCAUGAUCCAACUGGACAUAGUUGACAUCAGCCCCUCCUUCUAUGGCGCACAGACCUACUUCUUCCCGUUGGCUAACUGCCUGGCCUUCACCAGUAGCUGCUUCAACCCGGUCAUCUACUGCCUGGUGCGCAAGGAGUACCGAACGGCCCUGCACAAUGUCUUCUUCAAGUUAAGCCUGGCCAUCAUGUCCAAGAUGCCUUACGCCGUCAACACUGACGAGGGCUCGGAACAAGCGGACCAGCUGGCCAUCCCCCUGAGCAACAUGCCCAGUCAGACAAGCCAAUCAGACUCGAGGUCAUACGCACCCCUGUCAACAUUACCAACAGUGGUCUCCACUUUAUAGAGAUACAAUUCAACCUUACGACUAAAGUGGAACCUUCAAAUUCAACCACGCACAGUCCUGUCAUGUUCAAAAUAGAAUUUCCCUAUGAAAUCAAUUAUAUCUGGAAUCCAAUCUGAAUUGGCGGCAUGUGGAGUCGUGGUUAGGACGUCUGCCUCACAGUUUUGAGGCUCUGCAUUCAAAUUCACUACAGAGUACCGAGCGACCCUGUACGUCUUCUUCGGGUUGAGUUUGGGUGUCAUGAACAAGAUGUCCUACGUCGUCAACUCCAAUGAGAGCCAGUUGGUUAUCCCCCUUAGCAACAUGCCUAGUCAGACAAGCCAAUAAGACUUAAUUGGCAACACUCCCAACAGUGGUCUCCACCUAGGUACACAAUUACUUUAAAGUGGAAACUCCAUGGUCAACCACAAUCUGGCCCGUGAUGGCGAUCAUUCUCCGAUUUGGUUAACUUUCAUCAGAAUUUCAGAAUUUCCUCAUUAAGAUCAAUUUUAUUAGGCAUCCAAUCCAAACAGGCAGCACAGGCUAGCACAGACAGAGUUCUGGGGUUCGAAUCCAGGAAAUAGCUUCAACUUAUCCACAAUCCAAAUCAGGGUAAGCGAAUGGAUCCAUUCCAAACAUAAAACUCUUCCUGUUGAUUGCAAGUGACAAGCAAGCCAGCACAAGAAGCAACGUAGUGGUCUACAUCUUUACUUCAUCCUCCUCCUUCUAAAUCAAAGUCAGAAUUCAAGAAUUUCUCUAUUGAGAUCGAUUCUAUUUGGUAUCCAGUCCAAACAGGUAGCACAGCGUGUUAGUGGUUAGCAUGUCGGUGUUGCGGUCCUGAGUUUCUUUGCUUGAAUCAAGGAAAUGGGGAUGACAACGACAACAAGCCGUCUGGAAAAUGGCUAGUGGCUAGCACGGGAAGCUAAUGUAUAUGCUCAUAUUAGAAUUUCCCCACUGAGAUGAAUUAUAUUGGAGACAUUGCAGUUGUGAGGUUCUGGGUUCAAAUCCAGGAAAUGGCUCCAACUCAAUCACGACUUCAAUGAGGAUAAGCGGAUGGAUCCAUUUCAAACAGCAAGCGAGCUCGCAAGAGAAGCUAACGUACCAACUACAUCUUUGCUCAUUGUUACUUCUUGUCAAACGUAUGACAACGGUCAUAGACAUUCCAAAUUAGAAUUCUUUGUUCACAAAAAGCAUUUUGGGAUGACAGGCCUAUCAAACCAACAGAGAGGAAAAUUGGCAUCUCUACCCGUCCUUUCUCUGCUGUGUGGGGCAGCAGAGCCCUCUGCCCCAAACUAACACGAAAAAGACAUUUGUGAGUGAGACUGGUGUACGUCAGUGUUUUUUUGUUUUAUUUGGGGGGGGUUACUCUGCCUAUAGGAAAAGGUUGUGCAACAAAUGGAUGAAAUGUUCAAAUGUGACUACGAAAAUGUCAAAAUUGCCAUCUCUCGCCACCUUUUCUUCGCCGCGUGGGGUAGCGGUGCCUUCUGCCCGUAUAGAGGACAAAACAAAACUGUGAGCCAAACUUUUCUCACAUCCUUCUAUCAGGAAAAAAGUGUCACAAAAAGCCAGCAAGUGUUAAAAGUUGAUCCUUUGAUUAUGUGAGGAGGGCUGACAUCGGAGGUUCCACUGUAAUAGCCCAGACAGGUAAAAACUACUGUAUAAUAAGUACAUACACUUAUCAGUUUGAAGAUUAAAUAUCUUGUCUUUGUAGUGUAUUCAAUUCAAUAUAGGUUGAACAUGAUUAGCAAAUCAUUGUAUUCUGUUUUUAUUUAUGUUUAACACAACGUCCCAACUUCAUUGGAAUUGGGGUUGUAUUACGAUGUCCCAUCUAUGCCUCUUCUGUUUUUUGCACCUAUUAAUAUUCAAGUUAUCAGCAGGGUUUCUUGACAUACAGUAUACUGUACAUCAGAGCAUUUUACUCCAAGACCCCCCAGACUUUACCUGCAACCCAUUUUGUGCCUCAACCCACCAUUUGGGAAAUCCUACAUUGAACUGUAAAAAUGUUCUGAAAAUGUGAUUUUCAAUUUGUUGGCACUACAUUUAAUGAAUAAUAAUAAUAAAAAAAAUUCUCGAUAUUCACUUUGACUGUAUUUUGCGCUUCAGAGAAAACAUACUGAUUUUAAAGUAAUUUACUUCUCUGGUGUAAUUAUGUUAUGCACACAAUGGUGACUUUGAGAAGGAUGAUCAAAAUGCUGCCUUGCAUUGAUGUAUAUUAUACAUUAUGCAGUUAAACAUCAAAUUUAGACAGACAGAUACUUUAUUAGAUUACAUGUCAUACUUCCACAUCAUGAUAUUAUAUAGGUAUAAUUAAAAAAAAACAGCAUUAAACAGUAUGUAUAAUGAGAAUGUAUAAUAUUAAAAAUGUGCUUCGAACGAGCCACAUGGUGGUGGUGUUGUUCCUUUUUUCGUCCAUCUUUUAAUCCU